UGUAAGGUUAGAAGGCUUAAGGUUACACGCUUUUGUAUCUGGCCUUCCAUCCAUAACACAAGUAAUUUUUCCAUCUCGUGAAUGGGACCUUGUCUUUUCUUUGUUAUUAUAGUUCCCUUUAUAGGUGCUGAUCCUUUCACUACCUCACGAAUACGUUCCUUGUCCUUCAAAAUAGUAGAUAUGGUCAAGUACGAGAAGCCUAGGUUGCGUGAAAUUGUUGCUACAGUUUUUCCAUUUUCAUACUGCAUUUUUAUCUUCAUUUUCGUCUCAAAAGUAAUUGACUGUCUCCUUUUCUUCUGAGCACUACCAGCUCUCUCACUUGUAUGCUUUCCAGUCAUUCUAAAGUCAAUUAAAUACUGUACAAAAUUGUUGUCAGUACACAGCACGAUCAGUUGUGGAUGCAACGUCAGCCAAACACCAACUAAGCGCUCUACGGCAUGGGUGCUGUAGCCAAGCGACGGCCCAAGCCACGCCACUCUCUCGUAUGGGACGGAAACGUUUCGGUAUAGAAAAUGCGCGUGUCAUUUGAAACAUUAUGGUACCUACUGCGGAAGUCGUAUGUGCAGGUGGUUGUUACGGACUGAGGCAGGUCGUAAGUGCGGGUGGUCGUAGGUCGAGUAAGUCGUUAGUUGGGGAGCUGUAUAUAUAUUUAUACCUGUAUACAGUAUAUAUUAUUUAUUUAUUUAUUUAAUUUGUUUAUUUCCUUAUUUAUUUAUAAAUGUAUCUGUAUGCCUGCAUUACUUAUACUGUACAGUAUACUGUAUAUGUAGUACAGUACAUGCUGAACCAAUGAAAAAUUGUAUGAUGAUUUUACUGAAUGAAUAUCUUUUUAUAUAUCUACAGUAUCUUCAUGCAAAUGUGUAUACCUGCAUUAAUUAGAUGAUCUGCACUAAGUUAAGGAUGAUAUAUCAAAUGAAGAUCAUGGUAAUGCCCAUUUGGGGAGCAUCAGUUGGCUUUGCUGAUCUAUUAUUGAUAGUGUGUUGAAUAUACGAUAAAAAAAUGCUCUUGUGAAUAUUUCUUACAUAUCAUAACAAGAGGGUUUGAACCAGAAGCAUGGGUAUAAAUGUGCCAAUUACUAGAAGAGCUUCAAUUUUCAUAUUCAAGACAUAUUUUCCUUCUGCAUUCACAUGCUGAAGGAUGGGUUCUGUGUGCUCAGCUGACAAAGUGAUGAUUGUACCACACCCUGAUGAAAAGGGCAGAUUUCCUAUCACCAAUGGUAAAGAAGCUAAUAGUGGUUCUCUGUGUCCUGAAAUUCCAAAUAAAAACUGCAUUGAAGUUGGGGGACAGUUUAUAGACUGUAGACUUCCAGAAAGUGGAAGAUUAAUUGUUGAGGCUCUGUUGAGGAUUCAAGGAGUAGGUGGUCGCAGACCUGGAACCAAUAUAACAAAUCAUGUCUACAACAACCAGCCUUCUAUUGGUACUAAAAAUUCCAUUUCUACUACUCAGCCAACCUCAGGAUUCAAUAAAGAUAAUGGAGAUACCAUCAACAAAGGAAAGCCUAAGAGAGCAGCAUGGGAUCUUAAGGGACGUCUACAAGACAUGGAACAGUUGAUGAAGUCCUCGACAGUUGAACGUGAAAACUUUCUUGCCAAGCUUACAGAUUAUGACUCUCGGAUUGAGAAUCUGGAAUUGGAGAAGCAGAACCUUAAUCAAAAUCUGCAGAAGACACAGACAGUUUCCCAAGCAAACCAAGAGGAGGUUGAUAGAUUAAAAGAUAACUUAAGAGUGGAAUGUGAAGAAAGAAGUUCAGAAAGGAGACAAUUGGAGAACACUAUCCAGGAUUUGGAAUUCAAAAAAUCUUCUCUUCAGCGACAAAAUAAAUCUCUGGAGUCUGAGCUUUCAGCACGACAAGAUGAAUUGGCUGGACUAAAGUCAACAGUGUCACACCUGACAAGUGCUCAUGCUGGACUGGAGGCACAACUGUCAUCAACUAGGCUGCUCUUAGAUGACCGCAACAAUAGAGUAACUGACUUGGAAGCCCAGGUAUCUGAGCAGAAGGAGACUAUUGAGGAGUUGGAACAGAAACUACGGGAAGGAGAAAUGGCAAGAAGGAAACUUCAUAAUCAAGUACAAGAACUAAAGGGCAAUAUUCGUGUGUUUUGUAGGGUUCGCCCCCUAAUAGGUGAUGAGAUAAAACACAAUGGAGACAGUGACUUUAUCCAUCAUCUUAAUGUCACUGAUGAACAAACUCUUGAGGUUUACAAGUCUGGAGAUGUGAAUGGAAGCACAAUGUCUGGCCUGAAGGGACGUGGAAAUGGUAACUUUGAAUUUACCUAUGAUCGGGUCUUUAGUCCAAGUGGAACACAGGCAGAGGUAUUUGAGGAAAUUUCACAACUAGCCCAGUCUGCUUUAGAUGGGUAUAAUGUCUGUGUUUUUGCCUAUGGCCAGACUGGAUCAGGCAAGACAUUUACAAUGGAAGGUAUUCACGAUAAUGAAGAGUUGGAGGGCAUGAUUCCCCGUACUGUAAAGCACAUCUUCUCAACUAUGAAGCAGCUGAAGGAUAAGGGUUGGACAUACAAGGUGGAGGCUAGCUUUCUUGAGAUUUACAAUGAAACCAUCAGAGAUCUCCUUGCUUCACCAAAAGAAUCUAAGAACCUGACAUAUGAUAUUAAGUUGACUGAUAGCAAGAAAAAUGACACUUUUGUAACCAAUCUUAAGGUUCUGGAGGUAACAAAUGAAAAUAAAGUGCACCAUCUGUUACAUUUAGCACAACAGCAGAGAGCAGUAGCUGCAACCAACAUGAAUGAGCGAUCUUCACGCUCUCAUUCUGUCUUCCGCCUUAAGCUGAUUGGAACAAACAGCAAAACUACUGAGUCAUGUGAAGGAACUUUGAAUUUGGUUGAUCUUGCUGGUUCUGAGCGCCUGAAGGAAUCUGGUUCAGAAGGGGCUAGGCUGACGGAAACACAGAACAUAAACAAAUCUCUCUCAAACCUUGGUAAUGUCAUCAUGGCUCUAGGACAGAAGCAAAGCCACAUCCCAUACCGGAACUCCAAGCUGACUCACCUUCUGCAGAGCUCUUUGGGUGGUAAUUCCAAAACUCUUAUGUUUGUUAAUGUCUCUCCAUUAGAGAUGUGUUUUAAUGAGACAUUAAAUUCACUCCGCUUUGCCACAAAGGUCAACCAGUGUCAUAUUGGGACAGCAUCAAAGCAGGUUAGGAAAUGAAAGUAACCCAUUCACUGUGUAAAUAUUUUUGGUAUACUGUACUGAACUUUUUUUGAUGUCAGGAAAUAAAUGUGAAAAUUAAAGGGCCAAUUAAAGUGGUAUGGGAUGGAAUGGGUGAUAACUGAAAUGAUUUUAUAUUACCCAUCCAGAUUAUUGACUAAAAUGCUACUUAUGAUAAAGAGGUUUGUACAUUGCUGUAUAAAUUGGUUUUUCAAGCUAGAAAGAUAUGAUUAUAUUUACAAUGGUGUUGUUUGAAUGCUAAUGGUUUAACUCUUGCUUUAAUGCCUUUGGUUAACCACACCACAGAAAAAUAUUAGCUUAGAAAUUUGUGCAAUUGAGAAGUUACAAUAGUUUGGCUCUUGUACUGUCCCAUCAUUCAGCAGUACAUAAGUAUCAUUGUAAAGAAUAUCUUGUUUGACUCUAGUUCUUAGUGAGAUAAAAGUUUAUCUACUCUUGUUGUUGGAGGUGAAUGAUGCCAUUGUUAAAUAUAAGCGAAAAGUAUGACUUCAAAUUAUUUUUAGGAGAAGGACAUAUUGAUACUGAUAGGCAGUGCCAGGCUGUGUAAUAUUUGGGACCAUGCGAAGAGGAAUACUGUACUGUAAUCAAAUUGAAGACAUGUAUUACAGCAAUAAGAAUGAAUGAAAGAUAGCAAAUGGACAAUUUGUGUGGGUUUAUUUUCUUAUAAUUUGCCCACCAAGUAUUAUAUAUAUCAUGCCUUUUAUUGGGAAGAUUUCCUAAAUGGAAGGGUUUCCUUUUUUCCUCCAUCAAAAUGAUAAUGAAUAUUGUAACAGUACUGUAUAUAGAAAUUCAGUGUACCUUAAUCAUGGGCAUUUAGAGCUAGCCUAAAGGUGUCAGUGUAACACAGAUAUUGAGGAUAAAAUAAACAAAUUUGUGACAAUGUUUGCAGGAUGAUGCCAAACAACAUACUGAGUAUAGGUUAAACACAAUAUUUCUUCUAGGUACCACUACCAAAGAAUGAGUGGAUAGUGGUUAGGCCUGUGGGUGGAGCUUACAUCAUCCACCCUCCUAGUUGCCACCAGACACCAUUGCAGUACACGCCAGUGCAUCGUGGCAUGGCUUUGAAAGAUGAUGUGUUUGAUGCAUCUGGCACAUUUGUAGAAAUUUCGCAGUUUGAGCAAUGUUCAAACUUGAAAAUUUUUUUUUAGCUUGCCAAGAUAGUAAAAGCAACACACAACUUGCUUGUAAUGGCUCCUGCAGAUGAAGCUGGGAGUAAGAAGGCUGUUUUCAAGUGGUGUCGAUACAAUUCAUUUCCUUCCCGAAGGCAUUGAAACCACUUCAUUCUGCAUAAACUGCUAAAUGCAUGGCGUGUUGCUGUUUUGCCAGGCUUAAAGCACACUUUAUUGAAAGCUAUUCAUUUUUUUUUAAAUUCAUGUUAUUUAUUUUUAAUAGGAUUUAUUUAUUCCAUAGUCUUGGUUAAACAGGUUGAUUUUUUAAUCUUCGUAUAAUUAGUGACUGACACUCACCCUGACCCAUCGGAAAUCAAUUUCCAGUUUAAACUGCAUAAAUUUAAAUUAACCCCUUGUAUGGGGGGGGGGUCUCUGUGCUGAAUAAAAUUGUCUGGUGUUAGCCAAAUAAAAUAUAAAAAAUGGCAUCCCCAUAGUGGAGAUCGUUUCUUAACGCCUUGUGUACAGUAUUGGCGUCUCCCUGUGCUGAAUAAAAUCUUUUGACGCUGGCUAAAUAAUAAAUCAAAAGUUGCGUCCCUGUAGUGAAGAGGAUAACGUCUUCGUUAAAAAUUCUCUUAGUGGUGUUUAGAUUUAUAUUUAGCUUCUUAUUAGCUGGUGAGUUUAUAUUAAGAAUAAUAAUUUAUGAAAUACUGUACAGCCGCCUCUCGUUUUACACGGGGCUUACUUUCUUUAAAAUCACUGCUUAAUUAAAAAACGCGUAAACUAAACAGAAUUUUCUCAUAAGAAUACAUGUACUGUGAAUGGUACAGGUUUUGGGAACCAUCAUAUACCGUUCAAGUUACGAACAGUGCACUCACUUACACCAAGCACGCGGCCAACCUCAGGACAUACUCUCCUCUCUGAAGGCGGAUGAUCACAAUUAAUUUCACGUUCAUUGCAAUUGUUUUUUGUGCUUUUUUAGCUGUAGGCACCCCAAAGGAGGCAGAUGGAUGUUUUCCAGACACGCUCAAUGGGGAAAACAGCGAUUAAUACUAAGAAGGUACGUGAUAAACACACAAUGCAAAUAAAAGCACAGAGAAAAAGUAGUGCUGGUGUGAACUGAGAAAGCGAUACGCGGGAAGCU